AUGGCAGACACUUCUAAACCUCACACAGCUCGGGAGAACAGGGGUAAGUUUUUUAGUACUUUUAGUUCUCUUUUUGGAAAGUUUAGAAUAUAUAUCAAAGGCAAUUAAAGCGCUCAUUAAUAUGUAAUAGUUUAUACAUGAAUAAGUAUUUCCUCUGAUUUAUAAAUAUGUACAAGCAGGUUGAAAAUGCAAGGGCAGGCGAAUUCGAAUUAGAAAUUUAGAAAGCAUAUGAAGAACACUUUCUUAAAGGACAUUGGCGGUAUAUUUUUUAUUGUGGUUUUGGAAAGAACUAAAAAUUAUACAUGAAGUCCCUUUACAAAUUUUUAUAUUUAUCUUGCUUACUUUUUUAAAUAUUUGUAUCUGAAAUAGCAUGCCAACUUUGUCUGAUAAUUGACCAAAUUAAAGUGACGUCACAACAGAGAUAAAUGUAUUAAAAAUUCCUUGUUGCUGACUGGAUUUUAUUGAAAAGUUUCUAAAAUGCAUGUUGCGAGUUAUUUGGGAAUUGAAAAAGGACAAAAAAUCACGUUCUAGAUUCAAUUGGAUAUAUGGUUGGCAAGAUAAAAAUUUAUUUUUUAUCCCAGUUGUGACGUAAUGCAUAUUGAAUGCACUAGUCCAAGAUGGCGGACUGCCCACUAUUUCAAAUGGAGAUAUUUCGAAAAUGAAGAAUGAUACUGAAAAGUUGUAAAGGGACUUCAUAUAUCAUUUUAAAAGUUCUUUCCAAUACCACAAUAAAAAAAUAUACCGCCAAUUUCCUUUAAGAGUAUCUAAACUUACUUCUCAAACAAACUUGUAUUUUAAAAGGAAAUCAAGAGCAGAAUUGACAAAAAAACGGCUGAUUUGAAAAUACAGAUUUAAUGUGCAUUUAUUUUAAAUUACUUCAUUAAUUAUUCAUAUUUUGAGAAGUAUAAUUUGUUUUGUCUCACCAUAUAUAUCUAAUCUAUAAUCAACUGUAAAUGUUGUCUAUAAUCGUUAAUUACAUGCACAAGCAUAACUCGUACUUGCCGGCAUAGUCUUAAAAUUGCCCAUUUUAACACUUGGUUUCGUCACAUUUUGUAGAAAAAAUCUGAUUUUCCUAUUUUGCCAACGAAGCAGCAAAUAUGCGCGGUGAAAGACGUCAUUUUCCGAGCAACAACGACAACAAUGGGAGUAAAAGAUUUGCCUGAUCCAAUUCAAGGAGGACAAGUGAGCCUAACAGCUGUGUUGACCUGGUGCAUUAGAGAGAUGCGUUUAAGCAAGCUUGAUACUAGUAAUGGCAGAGAACUAAACUUCAACUUAAAGCUGGAUGGCCGACCAUUUUUGGGUAAAACUUUUAUGUUGCAUACAUUCGGAAAUACGAAACUUGAAGGACAUUGGCCAAAGAAAUUUGUAUUGCCGAUUGGCCGUUUAGUUUUCUAUUCUAUCUUUUCUGGUUGCUAAGUUAUAGGCAAGAAUGUGCAAAAUAUAUAUUGCUCAUUCAUCACAAAGUGUUACAUCAUCUGUUGGUAAGUAUGUUUAGUGAAUAUAUACCUGGGGCAGGUUGUUCGAAAGGUGGAUGACGCUAUCCAUUGGAUAAUGAUUUUUUAAAACCUUCGUAAAUUUUUUUAUUGAUCCAUAUAACAAAAGAUUACGAUUGAUAUUCAUAAAUCAAGUUUAGGUUUUAAUAUUUAUUUCGUUGGCAAAAACGGUGUUUCGCCAUUAUUUGUCCACUUUUACGAAGGCUGAAAAAGGAAGGUAGCGCUAUCCACCUUUCAAACAACCGCCCUUUGAGGUAGCUCAGUUAUUAUGAGCUCAAAUGAAAUGAAAUUCUGCACAAAGAUAGUAGAUGAUGAUGAUAGUAGAUGAAUGGUACUUGCAUGGUAACGAUUCGAAAAUGCAUAUUAUAUCAUAUGACGCCCACAUUGAUAAAUGUAACUAGUUAUAUAAAAUCAGUGUAAGGGGCCUGGGAACGACUGUGUUACAUUGACAACAAAAUUAGAAGUGUUUUUCAAUACGUCUCAUCAUUUACUGUCUUUGUGCACAAUUUGAUUUGUGUUCCUAAUAAUUGAGCUAUGCUUCAGUUAUAUAUUUGAACAAAUGACAAAUAAAGCAAUUUAUUUGUCAUCUGUGCUGAAUAAAGCAAUUUAUAUUUUGCACAUGUUUGUGUAUAAAUUCUCAACUAGAAGAGAUAGAAUGGAACAGUAAACGGCCAAUAUUGUGGUAUAUUUUCAUAUCUUUCAGGAAAAGCAAUAAAAAUUUAUUUAGCCAAUGUCCUUUAAAGCGUUAAACUGUUUAUUAAGCUUAACCGCUAAACUGCGGCGAGCGCUGCUUCUGUUGCUUAAAAUCGGGGAGAAAUUACAUCCCGGGGGGUUACGUCAUGCAAUUAUUCUCACUGCCAAUCCUGACUUUGAUCACACCUGAUGUUAUAACAUAUCCUAGCACACUUAACAACGCAGAACUUAAUGGUAUAAAUAUAGUAUGAUGUAAAUAAUUUCCAUGUCCAUGCAUGAUAUGCCUGGCAUGAAUGAAACCAGUUUAGUACCACACAGUAACGUGUUGCAAAGCUGUGUGCCUGCACUAAAUGUGGUACCUCUUUACUAGAAUAAUAGAAUGCUAACAAAAACGUUAGAAAAUUCAUUUUAGAAAAAUCUUCCCACCAGCGCACACACCCAUGCAUAUAGCAUCGGGUUUAUACAGGUAAACUCCCUCAACAUGCUUUAUUGUAUAUUAAAUAUACAUUAAAUCACAUUUCAGGAAAGGAUCAGAUAUAUGUUCGUUUUGUAGUCUUAGAGUUGUUGUCGUUGUUGUUAUUGUCGUUUGUCGCUUUUGCCAUUGUUGUUGUUAAUAACAUAUAACAACACAUUCUAUAAUCACUGCCUAAUAUAUGUGUCAUACAGUGAUUAUGAAGACUAAUUUCUUGUAAAUAAAUAUUAUCUAGUUUUUCAGUAUAUAUAACUCCUCCUAGUGUAGUAUAAUACUGUUUUAGGAGUAUUUCAUUAAAGCAUUAAAGCAUUAAAGCGUGUGAGAAGUGUGCCUAAGCGCCUUGUGGGCGAAAAUGGAAAAUGCGGACAAAUUGCACGCGUAUGUGUGACGUGUGCUAGUUAUAAUUUAACUACAAAGUGGAAAAGAUGACUAAACUACAGUAUCUUAAAGCUUUUAUUUUUUGCAUCAUUAUACAGUACUGUUUAAAUGGUUGAAAUGGUUUGUAACUUAAUUUUAUACCAAGUAUAAUCCCUUAUCCUUGAGCUAUAACACUCAUUUUAACUACAGCAACCGAGCAGACUUGGUACAGUUUUUUAAAUGUAAUAGCAAAUGUAAUUCAAAAAUGGUACAAACUACUUAAAGCACCUUACCGACAAAAAGAUUUUCUUCUGCUAACUACACACUAGAUAUAUUCCUAUCAAUGUUUACGUAGAACGUUAUAACCAUUACAUUUAUAUUUUAAAAGCUUACAAAUCUUGAAGUAUUUUAAUUUAAAUUUUAUAAGGAAAAAUAUUCUAAGGCAUGAUUCAAGAUAUUUUGGUCGAAAAGAACACCAUUAAAUCUAACAGAAUUUGCGUUGAUGGCAGAAACUACACAGUUCACUUCACAGGUAUAUAAAAUGAUUGGUGAUUUCUAUUUGCAUGUUUACGGUUUUACGGUUGUUUACUACGGUUUGUGCUGAAGUACUAGUAAGCACUAGCUGCAUGGCUCGAUUUUCCAGUUUGCUUAUUACAACAUUUCUUCAAUUAUUUACCAGUGACUUUGGACUACAAGGCUUUAAUCCUAAUCGCAAUCAGAAAAGAACAAAUGACGAUUACCUCUGAAAUCAUCCUCGGAGGGAGAGGUUAUGGUGUGGAGCAGGUUCUCACACGAGCCUGUUCAGUCGAGCAGGUUCUCACACGAGCCUGUUCUACAGUUCUACAUGCACAAGUGAUAUUACGAACAAGCAUGUACCGGUCCUGAAACAUGGACCAAUAACUCAAUAAUGAAAACAUUAAUCAAAUUUGAGGCAAUGCAUGUUCUCGGACUUGGAUUUUUAGUUGUUGUCAGAUUAGUUGCAGAAAAGUGUAGUACGUACUUCUUAUUGAGGGAGAUCCAUGCACUAAAUGUUUUAGUUGUGUAUGUACCAUACAGUAAUCCAUUCUGUAAUUUGUUCCAGGACUGUGCCUGUUCUGGUGUGCCGGCUGGUGAUACAUGUGUGACCUGGUUUUGCAAAAGCAAAGGGAAUAUUGGGAAGUACAUUUAAUAACACUUUAUUAACAUUAAGCUUCAACGACAUCUGCGUGGUAAAUCUGACGAAUUUUAAUGGGCAUCCGCCAAUGGUAGAAAACUGUUAAUUAAUGUGCUGAACAUGUUAUUUUAGUUGGAAGGGUAUCCGUGAUGACUUAACCCUCCUGUUAGAGGAAGACAUGACCUCCGUCAACUUGUGUGCCUUACACUGCGAAAUGCGCAAUACAGAGCAGCUUCUGGGUUCUAUUGGUCUAUUUGCAUACAAAAUUGGUUCCUUAGAAAACCUCAACAAAAUUCUAAAACAACUGGGACCUGUAGCAAUGAAGAAAGACUUCGUAAGGUAGACUUGGAUCAAGUCCGUCUCUCUAGAGUCCGAGUCGCGAAGCGAUGAGAUUAGAGUCCGAGUCGCGAAUCGACGAGAUCAAGCGCGCCGCAAAGUGGCGCGCGAGGGAGGGAGAGACGGACUUGGCUCACCCACAAUUCGUCGCGUAAGAUUUUACAUUGGCGUAAGAACAACAACGUCUGUGAGCAGGCUACUAAAACCUCAGUCGAACAGAUUUGUCUAAUGUUAAUAAAAAUACGAAUCGCUUCAAUCGUUUCUGGGGAAGUUUCAGCGUCUAAACAAGCAGCUGAGAUGUCUUUUAACUGGAGACUGGCCACUUGAUCUCUCAUGAGAGAUAGUAAAGGGGCGAUGACCAAGCAGACAGAGCCAAUACUUUCUCGUACGCCAUGGCUUAUAAAGUUGAAGACGAAGGGAGCUAUUUGAAAAACUAGACUCUUCCCUGACCCAGUUGGAGCAACCAUAAGAACAUCUUGACCAGCCACAUUAUAAGCUUCGACAACUCUUUGCUGAAUGGCUGAUUGUCCAUAAUUUUAUCGUAUCCAAGUUUACGCAAGCCAUAAUUAACACCAUGUUGAAACGAAUUCAUCAUUUAAUAUAAAGUAUACUUAUAAAAUUUAAAACCAGACACGAAGAGAGACAGCACGCUAUAUAUUUCGAUUUUUGAAACAAGAUGCUUUGUAAUUUCCGCUUUAUUGCAAUUAGCAUAAAUGAUUGUAAUCUAGUUAUGACGUGUUACUGACGGAAAAAUGGGUCGGUAAAUUUGGCGCGCUUGCAGGUGAAUCAAGUCCGUCUCUCCCGCGUUAUUGCACCUUGUGGCGCUCUCGAUCCCUCGGACUCUUGAGAGAUGGACUUGAUCCAAGUCUAUUCGUAAGGUUAAGGGAAAGACGCAAUAUAAACCUUGGCAGUGCCAAAGAAUAAUAUCAAAGUUGCUUGGCUUUCAGGUAAAGCUCCGCGUUAAUAAAUUGAAAAAAGUCGGAUAACCGAGAUAGAGGCCCGAGUAUAGAUGGGAAAUCGAUCGAUGGCCAUAUUUUGUCUGUGUUUGUAUGUUUACCCUGUACAAUAACAUUAAAUGUAACUGAUGUCUAAAUUUUAUAUAAUGUCACUGUCAGGGCCAACAGAAAGAACCUUCCUGGAUAAUAUUACAAAAAUCGUCUGUGAAGCCCUGCCGACGAAAAACCUUUGUUCCUACCUGACCACAGAUUCCGCGGAAGAUUACCCACUGAAAAAGAUAAUGUUCUGCGAGGAAAUGAAAUUGGUAUGCUUAGAAAGUCCAAAACCAAAUGUCACAGCUAUACAUAAGUACUGCAGUUCCGAAAGAUUGCGUUUUCUGUAUGAUCACAUAUUUUUUUUAGUUUUUUAGUAAUUUUUCCGCGGGAAAGGCUUAUAUCAGAGACUAUGGUGUGCGGCAGGAAACAAUUACUAUACUUCCAUCCAGUAAGUAUACAUAUACUAAUUCGGAGGUUUUAUUAAAUAGUAACAUUGAGUAUUUAAUUAUUUAUUAUAGGACGUAAUUCUCUCUAAUUACAAUAUAUCAUUGAUGCUGAUUCGUCAUUUUCAUCAAUGCACAUACCGCUGGUCCCCUAUAAUACAAUGCAAUCAAACUGAAGCCGUUACAGGAUAUUACCGUUAUAAUUAAUGAUAUAGGUAAACUUGACAUCUAUGCUACGGAAAGACUGAACUUCUGGGAUCAUAUGAGCAAGAGAAUCGAAAAGUUCUCCGCACGACAUUCAUGAAGACGAUGAUGAAAAGAGCGACGAGGAACAAGACGACGAGGAACAAGACAAGGAACAAAUCGGGGAAGAUAUGAUUAUCUUAUUUGCUGCAAAAUUGCAUCGAGAAUUUUUCCAACAGGUUAUAUUGUGCAUCUGACUUAUAUUUAUAAGUAUGAUUCUUAUUCUAACGACAUUCAUUGUUUACCUAUAAUGCAUAUCCUACCUACCAAAUAAAUGUUCGCAUUUAAUAAUUAGUCGGUUAUUUAAAAUGGUUUCGGAUAGCUCAUAGUGUAUUGUCACUCUGUUUUUCAAUUUGGCCUAUUAAUUAUUUUAUUCCUUAAUUUUAGUGCAAAGAAUGGGGAUUUCAGCUUCGUGAAACAUUUGGACUACUUCUUGGCACUGGCGACUACGGGCACCUGGUCAUUGAGCAUGCCUCAAUGUUGAUGCGAACGUUUGGUUCUAUGCGAGAUUUUAGCAAUCAGGGUUUCGAGAGCUCUCAUAAGGUUGACCGGAGACUUUACCAACAGGCAACCAAUCACGAUAUGCAUAAAAAAGAUUCAUCUGGUUAGUUUUAAAAAAGAUUCAUCUGCUAUAACUAUUCUUCAGUUCUGACAGCAAAUUGGAAAUUUUUAUUUUCUUUCAGUUAAGCAAAUUCUUGUUCACAACUACACAGAUAGACUUCUAUUCCUACGCAUGUGCUUUGAAAAGGCGAGGGAAUGCGCAAGACAUGGUAAUUAUAAUCAAUAUCUGGCCCUAUUGUAGCUAUAUUAAUUGGACCUUACGAUACGUCAUCUAUACUAUUUCUAUUUGGACGGAUAUAUAUAUACUAAAUAAAAAUGAAAAUUGACCCCCCAAGGCCAGGAUGUUAUCAAGCCAGAAAGUUGUUGUAACUGAUAUUACAUGCAGGUAUUUCAAUGACACAUUUCUUAUACCUUUCAACCAUUGCAGAUCGAGAAUACUUUUUUCGUGGGUGUGGAUGGAAAUGAACCAAAGUGAAAUGGACAACAGAGGAUAUACAGUGGAUAUGUGAUACAAGCAAAUUGCUGGAAAGUAUAUUCGGUCCAGAUACUUUCAAAUUUAGGACGGAAAACAAAAAUGUAGUCGUGCACGAGAAUUUACUUCCAAAUUUCACCACACUUGGGCAACCUGAAAAUGUCAGAAAACCAACAGUUGACACGAGCGGAGUGAACGGAACGACAAUUCUUAAAGAGAAACAUAAAUCGAAGGAAGUUCUCAGGCUGACCACUGAAAAACUAAAGAGGAAAACAGCCAAGUGCUCACUUGCAUUGACACAUGAUCAAUUCAAGAAUAAGUCAAGGAAAGAUGCUGAGCAACAAGUAUUGUCAGUUCCAGCGUUGGGUGGAUAUGCUCUCUUAGAUGGGAGUAUCGCGGUUAAAUUAAUUAACACUUGCCCAAUUGAUAAUUAUUUAACAAUCCUCUUUUUGUACCUAAAGCAGCAUCCAAAUGUUUUGGAAAAACUUGAGUUUUCAUCAGCAGAAUACGCCAAGCGACUGGUAGAAGUAGUAAAUGCGUUCAAUAGAGGGGACUUUGGAAUCGACAAGGUUAUUUGGCUGAGACAGUUUUCCGUGUUUGAUUUUUCUAUGUCAGGAAUGGUUGACGUGUGGGCUUGCAAACUUGAUAUGGUCAUGCCACCUCUGGCUCCCAUUUUGUCAAGCACCUUGCAGAUGAGUUGCGAUGCAAAUGAUUGUCCUCGGACAAACAUGAAUAUUCAAUGCAAGAGUAUCUUUAUUACGGCAUUAAACAGGAGAAAAAUUGCGAAUCGAUCACUCCUGGAAGAGAUCGUUCACGAUUGGCUAUCGCCACCAUCUCAGUCAUGCAAUGCGGUUAUGGACAACCAGUUUGUACCAGAUACGAAUAGCGAUGUCAUUUAG